AUGGUUUCCAACAACGCCAUGAAAAUAAAACCAAACGACGUAAUAACGAACCAAUCAGAUGCCUUGGCGUACGACACGUUAAUUACACUAUCGUUGAUUCCAUCAAGAAGAAAGACUGUUGAUAGAAUCAUCGUUAUUUCUAGGGCAAGACGAUCGGCAAUGUUUGAUGACUCCAUGAAGAAUGCUAGCCAGGAGAGGAUGACUAAGAAAGACGCUGGGAUGUACACUUGUAAUAUGUAGUAGCCAGCUCGUCGUUGGAAUGAUAGUGCCACGGUAAAUUUUGACAUAGAUC